AUGGCCUCUGUAAGUGAGCUGGCCAAUGUCACUCUUCUGGUGCCACUACGUCCACCGUACCACUGCCCGGCGUGCCUUCCUGUAUACCGGGAUUAUGUGGACCAUGGGGGCCUAUCACGUCAUCUCCGCCGCGUUCAUGGCGGCAGCCUUAGUUUCGAAUGCCGUAUCUGCCAUGUGCAGUCGGAGAAACUAAAGGAAAUUAAACUCCACCAGGCCCGCUCGACGGAGUGCUCUAGCCAACUCCCGUCUAUGUCCCCAGUCCAAUCCAGCAGGGACCCCAAGCAGCGGUGCAGGAUCCCCAUCGACCGGAACAAUGGACGACGUAAGAAAAGCUACGGUCUUGACGAGACCUAUGUGGCCUCCCAGAACGCCACCAGUAGCGAGGCUCGUAGUAGCCCACGUCGGCUGCCCUCCUCGCAGCCAGGGCCUACCGCCACCCAGGAGCCCCCGACCUCCUGUCCUACCACCACUCUCACGCCGUCACCUGCCACACAAGCGCUGCACCUGUCACCAGCUCACGCCGAGAGCGAUGCCUCACCUCCGCCCCUUGUAAGGAGACCCAGACGCCGCAGGCAUCGCAAAUCAUCCAGCACUACCAGUCCCUCGGCCAGCAGUCCUGUCGUUACCGCCGUCUCUCUAGCAUCUCCAUCUCCGGCGAACGACCCUACUGCCACCAUCACCACCAGCAACGAUCCUCCACCCUCAUUGCCAGCGCCCGUCCUCUGUGACGACCACCUGCCUGGCCCACCCCUCGAACCUGCCCCAGCCAGCGAUUCGUCGCCUGACCCCCCUUCAUGGGUUAUUGCAUGGCGCGAUCGCUUCGACUGCGCAGUCGACGAAGACAUGCUAGAGACCAUGAUCGAGGACCUCACCAACCUCGCCCGUGGCAUGACCCCACAAAAUCAUCGCCAACAGCCUCGCUUUAGCCGCCCGAGGCCACCUCGCUCUCGUAAUGGCGGCCGCCACAACAAUCCCAACGUGGCCGAGGCAUGCAGAAUACAACGCCUCUACCGUGCUAACAAGCACAAGGCGUUCGAGGAAAUCACUCGCGGAACCAGCCGGUUUUGCCAGAUUUCCAGCUCCGCCUUGGUAGAGCACUUCUCCAACACCAAUGGCCUAUGCCACACGCCUCAGAAGCCUCUCGACGACAUCCUUCCACCCGCCCUCCAACCGUCAACGAACAACCCCCUUCGGGGUACUUUCACUCCUGCGGAGGUCGCAAAACGACUCUCCAAAUGUCACAACACAGCCCCUGGCCCGGACGGGAUCCGAUACUACAUCUGGCGACGCCUGGACCCGCAGGGCCACAUCUUAGCUGCUGUCUUUAACGCCGUACAACGCAUCGGCUUCGUUCCAAGCGGGUGGAAGACAUCCACCACUAUUCUCCUACACAAGAAAGGAGAUGUCAACGAUGUAAACAACUGGAGACCCAUUGCGCUGGCAAACACCUUAGGAAAAAUUUACUCCGCCUGUCUUGCCAGUCGCCUUCUUUCUUGGUGUGAAGCCAACAACAUCAUUUCUGCGGCGCAGAAAGGCUUCAUGCCCUUUCAAGGGUGCUCAGAACAUACUUUUGUACUCCAGUCCAUAAUACAGAACGCCCGCCGCAAAAACUCUGAAUGCCACGUAGCAUGGCUAGACCUUCGGAAUGCCUUUGGCUCCGUGCCCCAUUCCACCAUCUACACUUGUCUCAAGUGGUGCGGCUUAGGCGAACCAUCCAUCGAAUGUGUACGAGGCCUUCUCGAGGGAUGUCAAACCCACAUCCGCAGCAGCACGGGGCUCACCGACCCCAUCUUAGUUGCAGCCGGCGUCAAACAGGGCUGUCCUCUUAGUCCCAUUCUUUUUAACUUGGUUAUUGAGCCAGCCCUUCGCCUCGUCAGCAACCUCCAGCAAGGCUACCACCUCCACGGAUUGGACAUAUCUUCCUUAGCCUAUGCAGAUGAUAUUACAGUCAUCAGCGGUUCUGCAAAAGGGCUACAAAAACAACUCGACCUUCUUACCUCCUGGGCCCAGCACAGCGGUCUCGCCUUCAACCCAACCAAAUGCGCCACCCUCUCCGUGGCCAGUAAAUACCGCUGCGCCGAAGGCCCCAAUUUUUGCAUCCAAAGCUCGAGUAUCCCUCGUCUUAACAAGGACGAUUCAUAUCUUCAUUUGGGCAUCCCUACAGGUUUCACCCUGGGAUCCUCUGCUAACUCCACCAUCGACCAAAUUCUCACCGACAUUAAGCGCAUCGACAGCUCUCGACUUGCCCCUUGGCAAAAAAUCGAUUGCGUAAAUACCUUUCUAACUUCGAGGCUUACUUUCCACCUGACUCUUGGUAAGGUCCAAAAGAAGAGUCUAAGCCUGCUCGACAAACACAUUAAACGCUAUGUCAAACGGUGGUUAAACUUACCUCAGCGUGUGAGCCCUGAGAUAGUAUACAUGCCGCACGCUCAGGGAGGGGCCAAUGUCACCCCUUGCAACAUCCUAGCGGACGUAGCCCAGGUCAGUCACGCCAUUAACAUCCUCCACUCCAAAGAUCCGGUCGUCGCCACCAUUGCUGCCAAGACCUUGCAGCAAGUAGUUGAGAAACGCAUCAAGCGACCGCCAAGUGAAGCCGAUCUUUGCACGUACUUGGCCGGCUCCAUGGACAGUGAAUUUGGCUGUGACCCGUACGAUAUUCCAUCGACCUGGACUCGUCUCCGCAUGGCCACCAGACGCUUAAAAAAGCGUAUCAACAUUGAGUGGCAUCCCAACGGAAGUGGCACUCUUAUUCCAUCCAUCAACGACGCUCCAAUCCGUAGCACAAACACGGCCAUGAAAACCAUCAGCUCUGCCGUCAAAGCCACCUUCCUCCACUCCCUCCUUGUCAAGCCUGACCAAGGCAAGGCAUACAAAAUUACGGCCAGCAACACCAACAGCAACCACUUCCUGCAAGACGGCAACUUCACCAGGUUCGCAGACUGGCGGUUCAUACAUCGAGCCAGGCUCAGCGUAGUACCCCUACGCGGCCUGCGAAGAUUUGGGAACGCCAGUCAGACCUGCAGGAGGUGUCAGCGCCAAAGAGAAACCCUGGCCCAUGUAAUUAAUCAUUGCCCCCCCAACUUCAGGCUAAUCACAAAACGCCACAAUGCAAUACUGGACCGCCUUAACAACACCUUCGACCACUCAGGCCUCACAGUAUAUGUUAAUCAACGCAUACCAGACUUCCCAGAUAACUGCCGGCCAGACCUCGUCGUCCUCAACCAGAAUCCAAAGACGGCCACCAUCAUAGACGUAGCGACACCAUUUGAAAACGGCGCCGAUGCCUUCGUCCGAGCUAGAGAGGACAAGGUACAGAAGUACGAAGACCUGGCUGCCCACUUUCGACGAAGAGGCUACGACACAUACAUCGACGGCUUCAUUGUUGGAGCACUAGGCGGAUACGACACAGCCAACGACGCAGUCCUCCAGAGAUUGGGCGUCAGAAGAAACUACGCCAAGCUGAUGCGCAAAUUGAUGGUAAGCGACUGUAUACGAUGGAGUCGGGACAUCUAUACAAGUCAUCUUGGAUACCAACACUAA